GGGCACAAAGUUCAGGAGCGGUCGGAGUCAAGGCCCUAAAUACAGUGGGAGUGUUGCGUUCCGUUUUCAUUGAGUGGUGUCUGGGCGUGUGGUGGGUUCGUGAGUCACAACAAGUGUGAGAUAAGUGUCUGAACUGAGCGCUGGGAUUCCACUGAUCAGUGUGACUGACGCUGCCUGUGCUGUAGGUUGAGGUGGUACUCCGUUUGUCAUUCAACUAUCGAAGGGGCGUCAUCGCCUUGAGUCUUGACUGCACCCAUAAACAUAUUUUAAAACCAAUCGUUAUUACCUAACCUCCGAGUAUACUUAAAAGCCUUCAAGAUGAUGGCCCUUGUGAAUCGGUUCCUUGACUGGAUUAAAAGCUUGUUCUGGAAGGAAGAAAUGGAGCUCACAUUGGUGGGCCUACAAUAUUCGGGAAAGACUACAUUUGUUAAUGUCAUUGCGUCUGGCCAGUUCAGUGAGGACAUGAUCCCAACUGUUGGCUUCAACAUGCGCAAGGUCUCCAAAGGCAAUGUGACCAUCAAGCUGUGGGACAUUGGUGGCCAGCCUCGCUUCCGCUCCAUGUGGGAACGCUACUGCCGGGGUGUCAAUGCCAUUGUGUACAUGGUGGACGCUGCCGACCAGGAGAAGCUGGAAGCGUCCAGGAACGAGCUGCACAACCUGCUGGACAAGCCGCAGCUGGCUGGCAUCCCUGUGCUCGUGCUGGGAAACAAGCGCGACCUGCCCAACGCCCUGGACGAGAAGGGGCUCAUCGAGAGGAUGAACCUGUCUGCGAUCCAGGACCGGGAGAUCUGCUGCUACUCCAUCUCCUGCAAGGAGAAGGACAACAUCGACAUCACGCUGCAGUGGCUCAUCACCAAGUCCAAGUCGGGCGGCCGCUAGACUCCCGUCUCAGAGCAGCCAACCGCACACGAGCGCGCAGGUCAGCGGUAUCCGAGAGCCAACGCUGUUAACGGUAGAUGGCGCCAGGAAGCUAAAGGUGGCGCCACCGGAGGUUAAAAUGGCGCUGAGAACGAUUUAAAAUAGGCAGGCUCCGUCAGGCAUCAGCGCUGAGGGUUGUUCCUGAGCGCCACCGGGUGACGUGGUGCUUCAGUGGGCACGCCACUUUGAGACCAUAUCGUCUGGGGACAUUACACUACAUGCCACGGCACAACUGAGCGGGGAGGGGCCACAGCGGCGCGCGACCUGACUAUUCCCGUGCCGUGUUGCUUGCCACGCGCUGGUUUUACGUUAAAGCUAUCUCAGCAUGGUGUUUGUUUACGCAAUGGUGCUCCACAUGCUGUGCUUUUCGCGUUUGAAGUUACGGGGCCAUUCCUAAGUGCUCUGUGAGCGGCGCCUGUUGCUGUGUUCGACUAUUGGUGUCACCAAACGCCGUAACGUGCAGAGCUUCACAAUAGGAUGGGCCCAGGUGUUCGGGGCGCCGACUGUAGGUCGGCUGCGAUAUUUAUUUGUGGAGUCAUGCUGCUACUUCAGUAGAUACCGGGUGUCAGCUAAUACUGGUCCCCGUGCGCGCUGAUUUUAGCAUUAGGGCCUGCAUGAAUCAAGAGCUUUCCGUAGGCUUUCUUCCAAAACUUUCGAAGAAAUAGAUAUUGAUAGUGAUGCUAGAAGUCCAUUCAAAUCUAGUUUGUUCUCUCUUGUCCUAUUGCACGAUGCUUUAACAUUUUCCUAUCCGCACUGUGCUUCAUUCGGCGACUUUUGCCUUUUCUUUACAUGACGCUUGCUUACUCAAAGCCUUUCGUUUUUUUAUAAGUACGUAGCGUACCAUUUAUCAAGGCAAGGCCUUCGCCAGACUUCAAGUCUGUUUUAAAUAAUCAGAAUUAUAACGUGACUCUUCAUGCACAAACUACAUGCGUGAUUUCCUUAAUAUUUCAACCGUUACCUAAAUAUCUUAUUACAGUGAUGAUACGUAGUCCUUGCACCUCCGAUUUAAUAUUAGAUGUUAGGUACCGCUCCCUUUUGAUUACCAACUAAUCCUGAGCUAUGAAUUACUGGUACGCUACAAAUAUUUCAGUGCAUGUUUAAGUUUAUUAUAGAUAAACGUCGUGCCUAGCCAGCUGAUGUUGGGCAAGUGUGAGUUCUUUCAGGCGUCCGUGGUCAUUAUUGUUUGUAAGUCGGUUUGUGAUAGUUUGAUAUGUACCGCUGCUUGCCAAUAGUCCAGCGAACCCGCUGCGCCUGCCGCCUUCUAUUCCCCCAUGAGCUGGUAACUAACAUCCCGCGAAUGGCAUGAACAUAGCUUUACUGAUCGAUACACGCCGAAUCAUGCGAUUUACCGUAGCUGUUGCGUAAACCCUAUGUAUGUAUGUCUGCGGUGCUCUGUUUAUUUUGAGCGCAAUUAAUGCGGUUAAAUGAUGGGAUCGGUUCCGUACUCGAGGUACGUUCGAGGUAAUUUUGUAUAUUUACCACUCUUAUCGACUAUGUACCGUAUUUUCCGCUUCCUUUUUUUUGUAGUAUCUUAUCAUCGCAUACUUCCCUGCAUAUCCCGACGAAACCGUGUAACUUCUUUCAAAUAAAAACUUACGUUUCUUAUCAGUCAGAUGCUCGUUUCGCAUAAUUCACACAAUGUAACUGCUUGGGAUUUGUUUGAACUGAGGCUGGAAUUAUGUGUUCUUCGUUUGCCCUAGUGUCCAAUUAUGCUGUGGUUGUCGUUGACUGAAUUACCGGUACCGGAGUACAGGGAACUACUGCCAAAAUUAGGCUGAAUUGGGCAUGACUACAAAAGUGAAAAUUUAUUAACUUAGUCAAUAUCGAACGAGCAUUAUAUUAUAUCGAUUUAAAUAUGUUUUAACAGUGUUGUAAUCAAAAAAGAUUUAGCCUAACGGGACUCUAAUCAAACUCUUUCAUCAAUCCCUGCUUGUUCAUAAUGAAUGUGCGAUAUCGAAAUGGGCAGGUCGGCCCCGCCCGACUGAUGAGACGGCAUUAUGGUGAUCGUUUUUCGAGUGUGUGAGCGUCUAUUUCGCCUCCGAGGUGUAUGUGUGUUGUGUUGAGAAUGGUACCGGAGGUUCCCGUCAGAUCGACCGGUAUCGUGUUGGUGUUUGUGUGCAUGUGAUGUCGUGCUACUCCCCUGAUAUAUGUAUUUAAUACACCAGUCAUUGAA